CAUCUCCUGUGCCUCAGCCGUUAUUUAUCAAAGGUCAUGUGACUUCCAGUAUUGUUAAAAAGUUUAGACGGCAUCUUAACCAAAUGCGUAGUGUUAUGAAAGUUGAGAACCUGUUGAAUGAAAUAAAAGCAACUCCACUGGUGCUGAAAAAGUAUAAAUGUAAACCAAUCAAAUUUGGAUAAUUCGGAAACAUGGGGGUCACGGAUGUCUUGGAAACUUUUGGAUAUUUAUUCUAUGUUGUCAGCCCCAAUCGAACAGCGUUCGAAAAAGUAAAGGAUGUGCCAGAUUAUAAUCUGCAGGUUGUACCAUGCUUCUUUGUACUGGUUAUGCUGGAAAUAUUAAUCAAGUACAUUCAAAAGGAUCCCGUGAGGCUUAACGAUGGCAUAACGUCAAUAUCUCAAGGAAUGCUGUCAGAAACGACAAGAAUAUUUCUACAGAGUUGGAAAUUGACUUCCUAUAUUUAUAUUUAUACAAAUUGGAGACUUGUCACCCUUCCCUGGGACUCAUUAUGGACUUGGUGGAUUGCUUUUCUUACGACAGACUUCGUUUACUACUGGGCGCACAGAGCGAGUCAUGAAAUCAAUUUUCUGUGGGCAGCUCACCAAGUGCACCACAGCUCCGAAGAUUACAACUUAUCAACGGCCCUGAGACAAUCUGUACUGCAAAGCUAUUUCGUAUGGGCUCUUUACCUACCAUUGGCAUUGAUCGUUCCACCUACGGCAAUCCUCGUGCAUCUUCAGUUCAAUUUACUGUAUCAAUUUUGGAUACAUACUGAGGUUAUAGGGAAAAUAGGACCUCUUGAAUACAUAUUGAAUACUGCCAGUCAUCACAGAGUGCAUCAUGGUCGAAAUCGAUACUGCAUCGACAAGAAUUAUGCUGCAGUUCUUAUUAUUUGGGACAGAAUGUUUGGAACAUUUCAGCCAGAAGAUGAAGAAGUGGUUUAUGGUUUGACACAUCCCAUAAAUUCCUUUGAACCCAUAUAUGUUCAAGCUUGCCAUUUUAUGCACAUGUGGAGAAUGUUCUGGUCAGCAAAAGGGCUAAUGAACAAAUUAUCAGUCAUUUUUAAAGGUCCCGGAUGGUCACCUGGGAAACCACGGCUCGGAUGUGUUGAGGAUAUACCCGAUGUUAAAGCCCCGGUUGAAAAAUACUCUCCUGCUUUACCUACUUGGUGCAAAAUAUAUGCUUUCCUCCACUUAUUGCUGCUAGUACCUUUAUAUACUGAAAUGAUAAAAGGGCAGCACGUAAUUCCUCCACUGAUUCUAUAUGGUGGGGUUAUGUUUGAAGUAUUAUCACUUUCAAUUAUAGGCUUAUUUCUGGAAGCAAGACCAUAUGCACCAUGGUUGGAGCUUAUGCGGUGUGUCAUGUAUAUAGCUGUAGACAUCUUCUUUGUUCCUUGGUCGAGACUGUCGCUGCUAGAGCCGUUUUACCAAGUAGCUGUUCUUACUGUGAUCCGUGGUAUAUUCCUGGUAUCUGUUAUCAUCUGGUUGAGACACUUUGUCAAAAGCGUGAAAUUUCGGUGGCAUUCAACACCGAAGAAAAUUGAUUAAUCUCUUUUAUAUUCUUUUCUUUACUUUAAAUGGUGUCGAGGUUCUAAGUCAUAUAUGUUUAUCUUUUUGCUGUCUCGAUAUCUUUAAUGAAAACGUGUGUGCCGUUAAUAGCUAUGUAAAUAAAGAAUGCUCCUUUU